CGCCACUGUUCCGUUGAACCUUUUUUGUCAUGGUCACAGUCACGUCGCCACUUUUUUGCUUGUCGAUCCUUCCUCCCUUCCAACUACAGUGAAGGGGUGGCCGGAAACGGGUAAGCACUCACUUCAGCGCUUCACGCCCUUCGGCAUACCCUUGUUGUCGUUGUCUGCCUCCUCUCAACACCUACAGAAGAACAACUCUACAACUCUCACCACCUCAUCAACAGAACACAUCAAACGCUCCAUCCACAGUGCCCUGAAGCGAAGGUACAGAGGAACUGAGGAAGCCUGUGUUGUGCAAGCGUACGUGUUGCCGCGUCGACAUGGCUUCCGGCCGGGGCAAAUCGAAGAGGCCAGGGACAAACGUGGCAAGGCAUAUCACCAAACGAGAGCAGAGAGUGCGAGCGCAAGAGCGAAUUCGACGCGAAAGCCAGCCACAACCACUGCUGCAGCCACCACAACAACAGCCACAACCGCAGCAACCACGACCACGGCAGCCACGCCCACAGCAACAGCCACAGCAGCCACGGCCACAGCCACAGCCACAGCAGCCACGGCAGCCACGGCAGCAACAGCAGCCACAGGAACGCCAACCGCCGUGGCCACGGCCAUGGCCACAGCUGCAAGCGCAACAGCCACAACCGCGGCAGCAACCACAACAGCCACAGCCACAACCACGGCUGCGAAGGCGUUCGCGCAGGCGCAGGCCACAGCAACAGCAACAACAACUCGAACAGGCACAACAGCCACCCGAGCAACAACAACCACAGCCGCAACAGCCACCUGAGCAACAACAACCAGAACAACCCGAACAGGCACAACAGCCACCUGAGCAACAACAGGAACAACAACCCCAACAAGCACAACAGCCACCCGAGCAACAGCAGGAACAACACAGCCCUUUGUUCUCGUCGACCGGCGAUGAAGGACAGAGUGUUGAACUUGAACAUGUUGCCGACUUUGACGGCAACAGCUUGGCUCAGGCUGCUCACCAGUAUGUGCUGCAAGCUGCAAAGAUCCGCCCUUUCGCCGGUCUACUGCAAGACCUCAAGCUCCUGCCCAACUUUCACGACUUGGAGGAGCUCGAGACCAGGCGGGUGGUGGACAGCGUUCAACGCAUGCUGAUUGAAGGCUAUCCUGCCACCUGGUCCUCAACAGCAAGCAGCACAAGCGGGGUCGACAGCAGCGACAGCAGCGACACAGGCGACAGCAGCGACACGGGCAGCUCUGCCAGCACCAGCGCCAGUUCCACUGGCACCACCACGAGCGCCAAGAGCAGCAGUAUCAACAGCAGCUCCAGUAUCAAGGGCAAGAGGGAGCAGGGUCAGGACAAGCUCAGCCGGGCUGCAGCCGCCAGCGAGCCCAAGGCUCCUCAACCCCGGCCAAACAAGAACAGCAGCGUCAAGCAGAGCGCCAUCGAGCACGACGACGCUUCUCUAGCAUCCGUUUGGAAGACCAGUGAUGUUGGUGUGGAUGCACAGGGCUCUGAGGGGUGGGACCAGGUCCAUCGCGAUGCUGUUGCCCUUCGUCAUGCCCAGGCCUCUGAGCAUUCGAAGGACGCCAGCGCGGCAAGCGGAGGCUGUGCGGUGCUCACUGGCGGCUGGGAGCACGACGCCAACAUGUUUUUCCGCAUCACCCAGGCCGCUCGCAAGGCGUUCCUGCUGCUGGAGCACACGGUGCGGGAACAGCAUCAGCUGAAGGAGCAGAUCAAGCAGCUCAAAGCCAAGGUUGAUCUGCUGGAGGCCAGCUCUCCAGCGUAUGCGAAGGCACUUCGCAAGGUCAAUGAUGGGCCUGUCUCUCCCUCCGCGGAGCCGUACUACCCCUCGUCCUCCUCCGCUAGCGCAGCAUACCCUUCGUCCGGCUUGGCCCCGUCUCAGCCAUCUAGCGCAGAUGCGUCUGCUGCUGCGGAUGGCCAGCACUCCAGCGCGAUGCCCGCAUCUGCAAUUGCUGAUGAGCAGUACUACACUCUUGCUCAUCACCAAAGCCAUAUGGUCGCUUCUGCCAACGUCUCACCCCAGAGGAACAACCAUCCGGGCCAACCGCAGUACGUGACCGUGUUUGCCGUCCACAACGAGGUGCCCGCCAUGCCGUCGCAAGUCAAAGGCCAGUACGCACAGCCGCGCGGCUACUGGCAGAGGGAGCACUCCGCCUCGUCCGGGCUUGGGGUGUUAUACCAGGCACCCGCCAUGCAACCCGCGCAGCCGUCACCACAAGCCACGUCUAUGAUGGUUCACCAAACCCAAGCAGCGCCAUUUCCACUUCCAGGCACAGCGGCACCAACACACGCACAUGGACCGCAGCUGCAGCUGCAGACGGUGGCCCCCCUCAUCACGGCGCACCAUGCUCACUCUCACCGCAGCGGUGGCGGUGCAGACAUGGGAAGCACCACCUCCAAUCCUGGCCACGUGUUGCAGGAGCGGAUUGCUCUGGCGAACCAGGCGUUGGCGCAGUCGCUUUCAGCCAGCGAUACCACCGCGGCUGCCACUGCCGCCAUCUCCUCGUCCUCGUCCUCUUCCUUGCCAUCUUCUCGGCGGUCAGCUCAAAGUGACGAGUUGCUGUGGAGACGCAGUAACCCCUUCCAUCAGCAGCAACAACAGCACCAGCAGCAUCAUCGUCGACACCUGCAGCAGCAUCGACACUAGAGCCAGCGUGACACGAGCUUUUGCUGCGCUCCUGUUUCACGUGUUCUCUUCAGGUGUUCUCUUCAGUUGAAGAAGAUGAUCUGUCUGUCUUCGUGCUGGUGUGCUGUGUGCUGUUUGUCUGUGGGGUCCUCUCUCUGAUUUCUGAAUGCAGGAGUGAGUGCCGUGAAGGAAUGCUGGAAUGAAGUGAUUUGUUGCUUUGUUGCUUUGUUUUUUUGUCUUCCUCCCUCCAUUUCAGAUUUCAGCGUUCUCAUCUGUCCGUCUGUCCGUCUGUCCUGUCAGUCUCCUAGUCUCAGUGUUGUGCCUCAGCCUCCCCCGUCUUGCUUGUACUUCGGCACGUUCGUGCCUUGGAUGGUGUACGCUCAAAGGCUCACUUCAGCACUCCAGGUGUUGCUGACUGACUUGUUGCCUUGUCCUCUGCGCUACUUCAUGUCAGUGAUCUUGGGGGGGGGGGG